AUGAUUGCUAAUAAUGAUUCUGAUACUGAUGAAAAACGAAUUAAACCUAAGAAUACUUUAACAAAAACUCCACAAACACAACAUGAAUCUAUAUCGAAUACACUUAGGCCAAAUUCAAUAGAAUCCGACAUGACCCAUGAAGAAUUUCGUCGUCAUGGUAAAGAAAUGAUUGAUUAUAUCGCAGAUUAUCUAACUAAUAUUCAUGAACGUCGUGUAACACCUGAAGUUGAACCUGGUUAUUUACGACCAAUGUUACCAGAAGAUGCACCUGAAAAAGGUGAACCAUGGAAUGAAAUAAUGAAAGAUGUUGACAGAACUAUAAUGCCUGGUAUAACACAUUGGCAACAUCCACGUUUUCAUGCAUAUUUUCCUGCGGGAAAUAGUUAUCCAUCAAUUCUUGCUGAGAUGCUUUCAUCAGGUCUUGGUAUUGUCGGUUUUUCAUGGGCAGCAAGUCCAGCAUGUACUGAACUUGAACCUAUUAUGCUUGAUUGGCUUGGUCGUAUGAUGUCUUUACCAACGAAAUUUCUUCCAUUCAAUACAAGUAAAGGUUGUGAACUUGAAACACCCAACUGUGAUAAUGACUCCGAAGCCGAAAAUAAUAGUGGUGCUGUUCUUCUUGGAUCAGCAAGUGAAUGUAUAUUAGUAGCUAUGUUAGCAGCAAGAACUAAAAAAUUAGAAAGUAAACGUUUAGAAAAUCCAUCAAUGGAAGAUGGACAAAUAUUAUCAAAACUUGUUUGUUAUACAUCAAAACUUGCUCAUUCGUCUGUAGAAAAAGCUAGUUUAAUUGCAAUGGUACAAAUUCGUCAUUUAAUUGUUGAUGAACAUUAUUCAUUACGUGGACAAACACUUGAUGAAUGUAUACAAGCUGAUAAAGAACAAGGCUUAAUUCCGUUUUUUGUAUGUGGUACAUUAGGUACAACAUCAUGUUGUUCAUUUGAUAAUUUCGAAGAACUCGGACAAAUUUGUCAACGUGAACAACUUUGGUUACAUGUUGAUGGUGCAUACGCUGGUGCCGCACUCAUCUGUGAUGAAUAUCGUUAUUUAUCAAGAGGAUUUGAAUAUGUCGAUUCAUUCAAUACAAAUCCAAAUAAAUGGCUUCUAAUGAAUUUUGACUGUUCAUGUUUUUGGGUACAAGAUAAAUUUGCAGUUAUUAAUGCUAUGUCUGUUGAUCCAUUAUAUCUUCAACAUAAACAUACUGAAAAAUCAACAGAUUUACGACACUGGGGUAUUGCAUUAAGUCGUCGAUUUCGAUCACUUAAACUAUGGUUUACUAUCCGAAGUUAUGGAGUUGAAGGUCUCCGCCAUUAUAUUCGCGAACAUUGUCGUUUAGCAAAAGUAUUUGCUACAUUAAUAAACGAAGAUGAUCGUUUUGAAAUCGUCGGAGAUGUUGUACUUGGACUUGUUUGUUUUCGUUUAAAAGGAAAAAAUAAAUUAACUGAAAAAUUAUUAUUAAGU